CGUCUGGACGACGGGUGUAAACGACGCUCUCAACAGAAAAAUUCAAUAAAUAUCAAUAAUGAAAUGGUAAAUUAGACGUUACCCUAAAUAAUGUGCUGAUUAUCGUCGUUUUCCCAAUCAUAAUGUGUCAUAAAGAAAUUAGCUGAUGGAUGAGACUCGACUGACUGGCCUGUAUAAUGGAGACAGAAUCUGUAAGAUCAGAAUUGAGCAGCCGCUCUAGGCGGAGUUCAAGACAUAGGCAGCAUACACAUAGAAGCACAAGAAGUUCUAAGUCACAAAGAAAAGACUGUAUAGAUAGUAGUAUGGCACCAUUCCAAACCAGUGUGAAUAUAAACCCUGAAAUUGGCCGGGAUGGUCAAGAAGUAAUAGAAGUUCAGAUACUGCCCCAAGAUGAGAAUUGGGGAGAGACCACUACAGCAGUAACUGGCAAUACAUCUGAAGGCUCAGGAUCAAUGGAGGAUGUUAGCAAUUGGCCUAUAGAAUCAGAUAAUGGACUUGGAUUUGUCUGCUCUAGAUAUUUUACUGCUACAGUAGGGCUAGGGCUUUCAUUUGUUUCUUUUGUAAGCCCAUUAGCUAUGGUAGUGUUGCCAAAAAUAGGAUUUUUUCCUGGAUUAUCAGACAACAUUGCUAUUCAGCCAAGUCAAAGGAUACAAUUAUUAUCAUGUACUGGGGAAUGUAAAGGAAUUCUUCUUUCUAUAGCAUUUAAAUUAGUUUUGUUAGCGAUUGGGGUGUGGGCAGUGUUUUUACGUCCUAGAAAUGCAGUAUUACCAAGAAUAUUCGUAUUUAGAGCUAUGAUGUUUGUUAUAUUAUCUGUGUGCACAUUUUCCUACUGGUUGUUCUAUAUUGUUCAAAUCACAGAGGCAACAAAGGCACUAGCUGUAGGUGAAGAAGCCGUUGACUACAAAUCACUUGUGUCAUAUGUUUCUAGUUUUGCUGAUACACUGCUUUUCAUACAUUAUACAGCUGUAGUUUUAAUGGAAAUUAGACACCUAGAACCAGUGUACUAUAUAAAGAUAGUAAGAAGUCCUGACGGUGAAAGUAGGUCCUAUUCAAUUGGACAGUUAAGUAUUCAAAGAGCUGCAGUAUGGGUAUUACAGAAAUAUUAUACAGAGUUUCCGAUUUACAACCCAUAUUUAGAGAAAAUACCAAUAUCAAAGUCACAGAGAAAAGCAGCUUCAAGUAUUAAGUUUUAUGAAGUAGAUUCAACUACUAAUGCUUCUACUGGACAACCAAGAAGUGGGGCAGGCUCUUGUACUGGUAGUGCUGGACGUCGUAGAGAUUCGGGUUCUGCCCACAACGAGCGCUAUUAUGAAGAGGCAGAAAGAGAAAGAAGAGUGCGCAAGAGACGUGCUCGCUUGCACACUGCAGCUGAAGAUGCCUUUGCCCAUGUGAGGAGGGUGCGGUUGUCAGCUAAUGGUGGCGCUUUGGGACCCCGUGAAGCAGCGCAGGCAGUGUUCCCAUCUCUUGCGCGUGCGCUGCAAAAGUACCUCCGAGCUACAAGACAACAACCGAGACAUUCAGCUGACUCAGUACUAGCACACCUCGCUCGUUGUUUGUCUCAAGACGCAUCUCCGCGUGCAUUUCUGGAACCAUUUUUAGUCGAAGGACCGGUUUUGGCCGCGGAACAAGAAGCACGCACAAUACAGCGCUGGUCGCUGAUUUCUGACGAGCUGCUGGCCCGUCCUUUAGCUGAUAACAUCGAAUUUCAGCUUCGUCAAGGCGAUAUUUCUCUCAUUUGUUCCAUAAAACAGCUGCCCAAAUUUAAUUUGAGCGAGGAAGUGGUCGACCCGAAGAGCAACAGGUUUGUAUUACGGCUGAAUAGCGAGACGUCCGUUUGACAGGAGGAGAUUUGCGUUAGAGAUGACAUGAGACUUGUAUGACAGUGAUGACGUCACGUAUUGAUGACGUCAUUUUUCCUUAAUGCGAACUUUGUUUUAUGGUAAAAUGACUAUAUUCCCAUAGGUAUUGAAUAAACACAAUAUUUAAGAUUAAAAUAGCUUUAGUAAUGCUUAGACACGACGAGAUUGGAACAGGAUAUACCGAACCCUUGUAUUUGUAAUUCGGUGUUGCCAGUUUCUUUUUAGAAUCUUAUUUAUUUUUUAUUAAAUCUCUGAUUUUUAAAUAUAAAGUGAAACGAUAAUUUUUUAAUACUCAUAAAACAAUUGAAAUUAUUAGGAAUCUCAGUGAGUGAAAAUUGUGUGACUUUUUACGUUUUAAUUUAUGUUUUAUUGCCAUUCUUAAGACGUCUGGAUAGCAUGUAUACUCAAUGUAUAUUUUGUGUCAUAUUUUAUUUAUAGGCUUUAGACUUCAAGCACAAAUUAGGAAAAGAGAUUAGACUUAAUUUCCUUAGUUAUUAAAUAAUAAAACUACCUGAUUCGUUAAAAGGUAUAUCAAUCUAAUUGCACUCUUUAGACUAAAGUGCUCUUUCAUCUCUUUCUGUCAAUAUUGUAUUUACGCUGUAGUGAAAAGAGACGGAUGAGUAUAGUUGAAUCUGUGCAAUUAGACACUUUACUUUUUGAAUAAGGGAGAUAGCCUUUAAGCGUAAUUUCAUAUCUUUAUAAAGACUUGGACAUAGAGAAUAGACUAGGCAAUUUUAAUUAUAAGAUAUUAAUUUAAUUUAAAUUGCAAAAAGUCCAUUUAAUUUAUUAAAUUAAAAUCAAUUAUUAUGUAUUCUUUUCUUCGUACUGAAACUUGUUAGUCUUAUUUGACAGCGAUCACUUUGUCUAUUCUUUAUGUCUAUGGAACUAAAUUCUGAGAAAGACUGUCUGGCAAGUGAAAUCUGCUGUUUCUGGAAAUAUUAAAUUCCUAACCUCUUUUCUAUUACAGUAAAUUUUAAAAUUCCAGACAGUGGUUAAAUAAAACUUGCAGAACUUUUAAGAUAUACAAUAUAUUGUGUAUAUUUUAUUUCUAUAAUUUACAACAAAAAAUUACCGCCAUGUUACAUAGAUUAUAAGUUCAUAUCUUAGUACAUAAUUAUAUUUAUUAUAGCUAAGUAUAUAUAGGUCGAUAGUUAAUGUGUAAUUAAAGCAAAGGGAUUGAAAUACAAUAGAGCGGGAAACGUCAUUUUUUUUAAUUAGGCGCCCGGCAAUCAGAUAUUUUGGCAGAGCAGUGUUAGCCUAGUGGCUUUAGCGUGCAACUCUCAUCACUAAGGUCGUAAGUUCGAUCCCCAGCCGUUCACCAAUAGGCUUUCUCUUCAUGUUCGUAUUUAACAUCCGCACGAACGGUGAAGGAAAACAUCGUGAGGAAACCGGCUUGCCUUAGACCCAAAAAGUCGACGGCGUGUGUCAGGCACAGGACUGAUCAUGUACUUUACAAAUGAUAAUGAAACAUAUUCAGAAAUCUGAGGUUCAGACCUAAAAAGUUAGCGUCAAAUUUUUUUUCAGUCCGCUAUGUAUUUUAAUCUCUUUGAUUUGCAGUAAUUUGAGAUUUUGUUCUAUCGAACAAUAUUAAAAUAUAAAAUCAUGGAAGCAUAUCCAUAGUGCAACAGAGUUUUUAGUGGUUUGUGUAAAGGGUUGUGGAAUAGUAGGUAGAUAUUAAAAAAAAAACCAGUUUCUCUGUUUAAAGAAAGCUCAAAUGACCAAAGAACGCAAAAUAGACAUCCGUAUCAAUAGAUACUAAAUAUAAUUUUUUUAAUUUG